GACUUUUCACUUGUUUUUCCCGUGAGACAAAUACUGUUCGGUUUCAUGCCUACUGUUGCCUUUGAUAUUCUCGGCACACUGUUCGCCUUCGACGUUGUUGUCGACGUGCUACACGAUCAUUUAAAGCUUGCCUCGCGGGAUGAAAGCAAACGACUGUUCCAUACUUGGCUAUGGUCUUCACUUCGUGACUAUUUUGCUGCUUCACAUAACGGCCCAUAUAUCCAGUUGAUGGUGAUUCUUCGAAGCAGUCUUCAGCGUACUAUUUCAGCCCAAGGUUACGAUAUCAAGCUUAAUGAGGACUCUGUUGGUCAAAUUAUGGGCACAUUCAAAAAACUAGAGCUUAUGCCCACCGCAUUGGAUGCGAUUAAACUACUCCAGAAGCAAGGCAAUUGGAACAUCUGGGCAGUUACCAACGGCGGUAAGGAAGCAACACAAGAGUUAUUGCGACGGGCAGGUAUACUGGACGCUUUUGGCGAUGGUGCGAAUAUUUUGUCUUGUGACGACCUGCUGCUGUCAAAACCACAUCCAAGAGUAUAUACAGAGCUUAUGCGAACAGUUAUACGGAAAACAAAGCUCAUAGAGAAUUUUUAUCUGGUUGCGACACAUGCCUGGGAUCUGGCCGGUGCUAAAAAUGCUGCCUUUCGCACAGUAUUUUUGACCAGUGAAGAAAAGGUUUAUAUCAAAGAAGCCUAUGGUAACAUUGGCCCAGACAUUGAAGACGACAGUAUGUUGGGUUGCAUCUCACAAAUGAUCGGCCAAGAACAAAAACGCUCGUUAUUGUAAAAAGGAAAAAUUACAGGAUUUUUUUAUUUAGUAUUUACAUUCAUCCAGCUUGACACCUGUCAUUUUCAAUCUUGGUCGCAUAGAACAUUGUAUCAUGAAGAUAUAUAAUCCUCAUCUGCCUGUACUAAAUCGUGGGGUGCGUCUUCGUCAUCCUCAUCUUCACUUUCGUUUCUUGCCGUGGGUUUGAUUAGGGGCUUGUUAUUGGUAUCGUCGUCACCCAGAAAAUCAUCUAGCACGUGUGUGUCAUCCGCAUCCAGCGUAACAUUAUCAAGCCUUUGAGUUACCCUGUCCAUCCUUGGUCGUUCUAGUAACAUGUAUCAGUCAGUCCCUUCGCAUCCUAAACAUGUCUUAAGUAUGUAUGCG